AUGGCAUCUUAUCGACCUCUACUCCUGCUGCUCACAGCAACCAACGUUUUGUCUGCGCUCGCGCACUCUGUUGCUGCUGCAAAUUUGCCACCCUCAGAUUCGAGCCCUAGCCUUCGCCACCAAACGAACGCUAUGUGCUUAAAGUUUGCGAGUAUUUGCGAUUUUGUCGCCCAAAAUUGCAACACGCAAGUAAAGGCUCGACCUUGGCUGGCGACAUUGCCAAUCGCGGAUGAUUCAUCCAAGUGCGCCGAGAGCUUCAGCCUAUUCCAUCAGCACAACAAAACUCUAGUGAUUUGCAUGCGUGAAUUCCCACCAGAAUCUAAGGAAAUGACUCAGGCGUUGGUAUUUCUGAAGUUCUACUCGGCCUGGCAGCAGCAAAACACUUGCAAGUUGUUUCAUGCUACAGAGGCACGAGCAGCUGCAGAGUGCUCAUUUAACGCUCUCCGCCCGUGGACACAAACGACUUUGUCUAUGUAUUGCCACGAUGUCUUCACAAUGUAUAAGAACUCAAGACACAAACUCGACGUACUUUGCGAGCGGACCUCUAAUUCCGACACAUUUUGGGAAGGAUACGUCGAUUUUAUCGGCUCUAAAACGUGUAAACACUACUACGACAUUAUACGAGAAGCGAGAGAGCAAGGAUGUGGAAACACCAACAUGGCACUGCAUGGGACCAGAUGUCAACAGAUGUUUGAGUGGUACUCAAAUCACAAGGACGUAGUAGAGACAGACUGCUUUGAAGUAAGAGCCAGCAAACCAUUUUAUCAUGGAUUUUACUUGUGGAAGAAGCAGCAGCAUUGA